CUCUCCCCUCUCUCUUCCCUGUGUUGGAGCUCUGUCUAGACUAAGCCCGGUGCCAGGAUACCCACUCUCAUCUACAUAGCUGCCCUCCCAGAUCCCCUCUCCAUUUCUGAGACAAGGGCCCUGAGGUCAGCCCUGCAAUUUCCUUGUCGCCAGCUCUUCUCUCUGGGGUCCCUCCCCUCCUUUGCCCAUCUGAGUACUAGGGCGGGGCUGCCCAGCUGACUUUGGGCCCCGCCCCCAGCUCCCAUCCAAUCACAGUCCCUUCUUUCGGGGGCUGGGCCGAAGGGCUCUGCUUCCAAGCUGCUAGCUCCAGCACUAGGCUCCCAGCCGCGGAUGAUGCGGGGAUGAUGCACGGCUACUGCUCCUGUCACCACCGCCAGCGACUGCCCCGAGCUUCCGGUGUGCUGGGGCUGUUGCGGCUGUUGCUACCGCUCGGGGGGAGCCAAUGCAGGUGGAUCCCCAGAUGUGCCCGUUGGUUCCCUUGGGUGCCUUGUUUGACGCUGAGUCACGUCCCCCAAGCACACGCAGGUAAACAAGCCCCUGGGGGCUUGACGGUGAAGGGGGGCGGGGCUGCUCAUCCUAUCAACCACUCUCCACCCCCACCCCUAGUCCUUGUAUCUCCCCUGGCAGCAGCUGCAACGGGCCCAGGGGGCUGUGACACCAUAUACCAGGGGUUUGCUGAGUGUCUCAUCCGCUUGGGGGACGGCAUGGGCCUUGGAGGCGAGCUGGACACUGUCUGCAGGUCUUGGAAUGACUUCCACGUCUGUGCCUCCCAAGUCCUGUUGCGCUGCCCAGAGGAGGCUGCUGCUGUGUGGGAGUCACUGCAGCAAGAAGCUCGCCAGGCCCCGCACCCAGAUAACUUGCAUGUUCUCUGCGGCACCCCUGUGCAUAUCAGGGAGCAUGGCAUAGGUCCUGAGACCAACCAGGAGACGCUGCAGGCAAGAGCAUCUGCACCCACCCCAGCCCCGACGCCCCCACUGCUGGCGGCUGCUCUGGCGCUCGCCUGCCUUCUGGGGCCUCUGGCCUAG